GAGGCAAAUCACACGAGCACCGAGUCAGCAGAACAUGUCUACACUUCAUAAAUAGAGGGGGCAGCGCACACGCGACAAGGGUUUCGGCACCUCGCGCACGCUUACUCCGUCGCUUGCCAGCGCCCUCCUCAAAGCUCUGCAAGUAUCAGCGCACCAUGUUGCGAACUCGUGUGGUGAUGGAGCGAGGCGGUGGGCAAUGGAGUGAGGGCGCUGGGGCCCACUUUUGGUUGGGGACGUGCCACGCUUUCUCGUCGAGCCGGGGCUUGAGCGGGCGGGGGCCUGGGCGAGGAGGCCCACACCGGCCCCACCAUGCGCCACCGCCAGACCAAAAGGCAUGCACUUUGGGCCGCCGACCCGACAUCUUCAACGGUGAUGCCGCGCGCAUCCUGGGGCAACAGCCGCAGACGGCGCAGCAGCAACUGCCGGACCAGCCUGCACGAGCCCCAGCAGCGCGGUCGCCAGCCGCUGUCCUUCCCGCCACACCAGCACCUGCGGCUACCCACGGCUUGGCAUCCGCCAGCGCUGCCGCCUCCACCCUGGUGCUCACCCCAAGCAGCGCUGAUCCGGCCUCGGCGGCUGCGCUGUGGUGCGAUCAGCUGCGGCGCCUGCAUCGCACUGCCACCGCCACGCAGCGGCGGCUGGACGGCCUGCUCCGGGACUUAGACACAUUGGAGCUGGGCACGGGUCCCGAGCUCAGGGCUGCAGAGCGGCUUGGCAAGGUGCUCGCCACCUAUCUUUCCUUUGCGUUUCCCGGGGCAAUGGAGCCGCCCGAGGAGCCCGGCACGAGCCUAGCCAGGCCUGGCAUGAGCUCCAGCUCCAGCACGACUGGCAGCAGCAGCAGCAGCAGUAGCAGCGGCAGUGGCAGUAGCAGAGAUAGCAGCAGCAAGGGCUGGGCUUUUCAUGGUGCGCACCGUGCAAGCGGUAGGGAGCAACAGCAGCCGGUGGCACCGGAGAGCUCGGUAGGGCACCUGCGGAGUCUAUUGGCACGGGUGGAGGCUGCUGCCGCCCAGCUGGCGGACAUUGGGCGGCGGCACGAGGCGGGUGCCUAUGCGCCACUGCGCCGCUUCUAUUUCUCACCCGAUGAGCCACUGCAAGCCAUCAGUCUGCGCAGUGAGCAGUACCGACGGCAGCUGGAGGGCGCGGCAGUGGCGUGCGGGCCUGACAGCCCAGAGGUGGCCAACCUGGUGGAGGAGGUGGCUGCUGCGCUGUCGUCGCACACCGUGGCGGCGUUCCUGGAGCUGGAGCUGGAGGGGCUGGGGGAGGUGCAGGGCCAGGCACGUGGGGAGGCGGCAGCGGCUGACACGGUGGCUGGCACGGACGCGAGCAGCGGAGAUGCUGGCGAUGCAGCAGAGGAUUCGGGUGGUGGCAGCUUAGAGCGGUUGGCUGUAGCAGCGGCUGCGGACUACUACAGCCUGCAGGAGCUGCGGCAGGAGCUGGAGGUGGUGGGGCGCAGUGCGGAGGCGGCGGGGGUGCCGGUGGGGCAGCUGCUGCGGUUGGCGGACCUCGAGCGUUGAAGCUGGGCGCUUGAAGGAGUCUUUAAGUACUUCGCGGGUUGCAUGUAAAGCCUAAUUGUU